AUGCUCCCCAGCACCGCGGUGUUCGCGUCACUCAAGAACCUCACGCUCGAAUUCGUGGACCUAGCACCGGGCAGCGGCCAUCUCCUGGCCCGCCUCUCCUCGUCGGCGUGCUGCCCGAGCUUGCUGCGGCUGCGAAUUGCACUGCGCGCGUCCGCUUCAAGCGCGCCGGAACCAGGGAGCUGGUGCUCGACGCCGGGCGGGGAGCUCUUGCUGCUGUCCAUGGAGAGGGCAUAUGGAUGA